AUGGUGGCAGCCAUCUUCUAACUCAACUCUUGAGUCCUACAAGAGUUGGCUUGGGUGUGAGUGUUCCAUCGGUGGUGCCUCCUCUCGUCUUUAUAUUCCCCAGUUCGUGUUUUACCUGGGGUUCUUGAGAAGAGACCGUUCAAAGGGUGAGACCAACCAUUAUGACGGAAGGACCCACAAUUUUGGGUGGUACGGCCAUUAAGCCAGUGGAGCGCCAUGGUUUCGAAAAAUGCCGUUAUUUCUGCUACGAUCCCGACAAAGGGACCAUUAUGGGCAGGACGGGCAAAUCCUGGGCUCUCAUCACCGUUUUCUACCUGAUCUAUUACGCCUGCUUGUCGGCCUUCUGGCUUCUUAUGAUGUACAUCUUCUUCCUGACCAUUCGCUACGAUCAACCUAGGUGGAUUGCUGAAGAGAGCUUAAUUGGCACAUCACCCGGCCUUGGUCUGCGGCCAGAGCAACCCGAUGCCACCAUCGACUCUUCCAUGAUUAUUUUCAACAAGAACAGUGAGAUGAGCUCCCCCAACGUGCCUGGCUGGGGCUUGUGGAAGGACAAAAUUGACCGAUUCUUGGUCUACUAUGACGAAGCAGGAAAGCGCUGCAAUGGGACUGAUCCAGCCACUAAAGACGAGCCUUGCAACUUCAACGUCAACUCUUUAGGAGAUUGCGCCAAAGGGAACUACGGCUACAGCACCGGUCAGCCUUGCUUAUAUUUCAAACUGAAUAAAAUCUUCGGGGUGGCCAAUGACCACUACAAUGACGCUGAUGAACUCCCAGAGGAAAUGCCCGCUGAGCUGACCCAACACAUUCGUUCUCAGCGGGACAAGGAGAAGGUCUGGGUCGACUGCCACGGUGAGAAUCCGGCCGAUGUUGAAGCCAUGGGCAAAGUGCGUUACUUCCCCAAUCAUCGAGGUCUACCUGGCAUGUAUUUCCCCUACUUGAAUCAACUCAACUACCGAAGCCCCAUGGUGGCCGUUCAGUUCAUGAAUGCCAAGAUGGGCCAACUCAUCCACAUUGAAUGCCGUGCUUGGGCUAAGAAUAUUGGUUAUGACCGCAUGGAUCGCAUUGGCAUGGUUCAUUUCGAACUGUUGAUGUUCGACACCCCGACCGCCAAGGAGUACGAAAAGUCCUACGAGUGAUUCCUCUCACCCAACCUCCCCAUCUCCCUAGCCAAAAAGAACCCCAAAGUGCCGACAAACAAUAGGUCCUUCCAAUCGUUCGAACUUCACCGAUUAGCAGCCUUUACCCUUUAGUUCCAUCACUCCCUAGGGAGAAGUAUUUCAUUACGCUCUCCACCAUCAACGUCCCUCAGAUUUCCACCGUUCGGCCACACUUGGGAGGGUUUGGUCUCCAACUAGUCAACUCCUUUGAGCUCUCCUCCCGCUCGAUUUCUCUUCCCUCUCCGCUCUCUCACCUAAACUGAUCCAUAUGUUCGUGAUGAUGACGUGCAUUCCGAUUCUCUGGCUUGGAACAAGUGCGUGACGUCAGCAACAAGUGGAACUACUAUUACUACUACAACAACAGCAACAACAACAAUAACAACUACUACUACUAAACUGACUGCUACUACUACUUUCACCUGAACUGAAUCUGUUUUUGAACCCACCCGGUCAGUCAGCGACACGAGGUUCAUCCACCGCAGAAAGAGCCCAGAAUUCCAACACAUGGAAACGGAAAGGCAUGAAAAUUGACGUCACUUUCACCGACAACAAGCCUGUAGCUGAAGAAAAAAAAGGCCGAUCAAGACGAUUCGAGAAGGAUGCUUCUCUACGUUAACGGCUGAGCUCGUAACACCCAGAUGUCAUAUCGACCUCUUGAGUCCAUGUCUUUUUCACCAUUUCUUUCUUUGGGCUUGGGAGCAAUGCCAACCUUCAUCCUCUGGCCUCAAUGAACCAUCCGGAGCAGGGCAGAUACGAUCUGACCAAGACCUCCCACCAAGACCAGGAGAGUCGUCUCGAUAUGCUGCUCAAAACUUUUACCCGAACUUCGUAACAUUCAUCGAGCGAUUGGAUGAUCGAGCGAGCCUUUUUUUGGAUCGAAAGCCUGUCUGAUGUUCUGCAUGAUGUCUGGUUGUUAAGAGAGUCAGUGUGUGUACAUAAUUGAUAUCCAAGUGAAUGGAAGCCGAGAAGACACAAAUGCCCGAUUGAAGAAGUCUUUUAAUGCUCAAACAUGCUGAAGUUUCCAUUGACUUUGUUGACUUUGUCGUCCCUUUUUUCUGCCCACAUACAUAGUAUAUAGAUGAUCCUUCCAUAUUUGUAGUAUUUAUCGUGAUCCGCAUUCAACUGGUACAAGCCCUCCAGUUCCAACUGGGGAGCACCACAACACUGGUUCCUUUCUCACUCCAAGUAAAUGAGAGGACAAAACGCCGCCAACCACCGAGUGCUCCAGAUUGACGACACAGCCUGGAGCACAAAACUUGUUAUAUUUGGAAAGAAAUCCAGUCUCUUUUGUAAUAAAAUAAACGAAAUUCGCCCCA